GCCCCGGGGGUGGUGCCUUUGCCCCCCCCCCGCCCCCCCCCAGCCCCAUCCCGUCCCGUGCCCGUCGCCAUGAGCGCCCCGGGGCCGGGGGGCCGGGGGCUGAGCUUCGCCGAGGGGCUCCUGCGGCGGCACGGCUGGAGCCAGGGCAAGGGGCUGGGCAAGAAGGAGGACGGCAUCAGCCAGGCCCUCAGGGUGAAGGUGAAAUGCGACAGCGCGGGGGUGGGUCACAACGCGGCCGAGCAGUUCUCCUUCCACUGGUGGGAUCACGUCUUCAACGAGUCCGCCGCCAACAUCGCUGUGGAGGACGGGCAGGACGGUGUCUGCCUGAAGACCCUCGGUGAGCAGCGCUCUGGGAUCAGCACCAAGAAGCCCCGCAAGGCCGUCGGUGCUGGCAGCAAACUGUACGGCCGCUUCGUGAAGGCAGCCACGCUCACGGCACGCGGCGAGGAGCCGGCCAAGCUGCCCGCAGGCUCGGAGAGCAGCGAGGAGGAGGAGGAGGAGGAGAAAUUGGACCGCUCUUCGGCCCGGAGGCUGACGGAUGAGGAGCUGGUGAGAGCAUGCGGGGGCCGCACUGCACACAAGGGGGCCCGUCACGGCCUGACCAUGAGCGCCAAGCUGGCGCGCCUGGAGGAGCAGGAGCGAGCCUUCCUCGCCACGUACCAGCAAAAGAGGGAGCAGCCCCAGCCUGCAGAGCUGCAGGAGAAGAAGAAGAAGAAAAAGAAGAAAAAGAAACGGGCUGGAGAUGGAGCAGAGGCUGAGGCGCCGCAGAGCUGUGAGCCAAGUGGAGAAGAGGAGGUGGAAGGAGAGGAAGAGAAGGUUGCGAAGAGAAAGAAGAAGAAAAAGAAGGAGAAAGAAGAACUGGCUGAGGCAGAAUUCCCUCUAGAAGAGGCAGAAGGGGCAGAGCAGGCUGAGCACAGCCCCAAGAAGAAGAAGAAGAGGAAGAAGAAGCGGAGGGAGGAGGAGUGAAUGGUGCCGGUACCGCCUGGCUGGGAGGGCACCGAUCCUGCCUGCGGCACCGGUGGGCACCCAGAGCUGUGGCUGAGCCCCGCAUGAGCUGGGCUCGUUGGGCUGGGGCUGGCUGGAGUUUUGUUUCACCCACGGAGCCUUCCUCCAGCCUGGGGUGCGCCCAGAUCUCCCCAAACCACAGGGCUGGGACGUGUUUGUUACAGGUCCAACAUCAAGGGAUGCAAGGGCAGAGCCCACCGCGCACUGGUUCGUUUCCCAAGGGCAUCAAUAAAACUUUAUUGCAGUGAAA